CGCUGUAACUGGUGUACAGAAGCAGGGUUUGUUAUGAAGCCGGAGCGCUGGCUUUAGCACACACCGCAUCGCACCGACCCGCUGUGCAAAGCCGAGAUUUCUGCGCACUGAAAAUGCGUUUUCGGGCUCCGCAAAAAAUGAAUGCGGUUUUCAGGCAGCUUUUAUUAUUACAGCUGAGUUGCCUUUUCAUUUCUGUACAAGCAAAGGUGUCGUCCGUGUCGUGUCCCAGCGGUCAGUUCGCUUUUAAAAACCGCUGCGUCUCGUGCCAUCCCACCUGCGCCGAGUGUGAGGGCCAUGAACUCUUCCAGUGUACCGCAUGUGGAUCGGAUGAGGACGGAAGGGAGCGCUUUCUAUACCAGGGCCACUGCAGAGCCCAUUGCCCGCGGGAGUUCUACACUGACCGAGAACAGUACACCUGCCUGCCCUGCAUUGCCAACUGUGAGAUCUGUGUGGAUGGCAACAUCUGUGCCAAGUGCAGGGAAGGAUAUAAAGUCCAGAGUGGAAUCUGUCUGCCAGUGCCCUGUGGUGUGGGUCAGGUCCAGGAUCCAGACUCAGGAGAAUGCAUUGAAUGUGAGACCGGCUGCAGCACCUGCUCUGCUGAUGACCCAGAGUACUGUAACAGCUGCACAGAUGGCUACUUCCUGUACAGACACCAGUGUCGCCAGCACUGCCCUCAGAGGAGCUACAAGGAGCCAAGUAGGGGUGUGUGUCUCAGCUGCCCAGAGUCCUGCUUAGACUGCAGGAGUGAGACGCUCUGUCUAACCUGUCAGCCGGGCCACUUCCUCCACAAUGGUGCCUGUGUGAAUGAGUGUCCCCAGGAUAUGUUUAGAGAUGCCAGAGGAUGGCGCUGCCAGCUCUGUCAUUCCUCAUGUCUAACCUGCCAUGGCCCUGGAGCAAGAGACUGUGACAGGUGCAAGGGCUGGAAUCGUCCCAGUUAUGGGAGGUGUCCCAUCAUCAGCUGCUCUGAGGGCCAAUACUUUGAUAGUGGGAUUCAUGAGUGCCGAUACUGCGAUGCGUCCUGCAGGACAUGCUAUGGUCCAGCAGCACAAGACUGCACCACCUGCGCAACUGGGUACAUGUUGGAGCAGCAGGUGGCAGUGUGUGUCCAGCACUGUCCAUUAGGUUUCUAUGGGAACAGCUCCAGUCAUCAGUGUGAGAGGUGCUCGACUAACUGUGAGACAUGUGACAGUGGAGACCAGUGUUUGAGCUGUCAGAGUGGUUCAUAUCAGCUCUUUCUGUUCCAGGGCAGCUGCUGGUCAGAGUGUCCAGACGGUUAUUUUGAGACAGCAGAGGGGACGUGUGAGCCUUGUGAUGACCUCUGUUUGACCUGUGAUGGGAGCAGAACUCAGUGUCUUGCAUGUAGAGAUGGUCGUUUCCUGGAAAAUGGCAUGUGCAGAGAUAACUGCUCAGUGAGGACGUAUGCUGCUGAGGAUGGCACAUGCAGGCGCUGUGGCCCUCACUGUGACACCUGCGCUGAUAGCAGUACAUGCACUAGAUGUACUUUUCUUUACCUGCUUUUGAAUGGCCUGUGUAAAGCCAGCUGUCCAGAGGGUUAUUUUGAGGACUUGGACCAGGGUGUGUGUGUGCAGUGCCAUGAGUCAUGUGCUACGUGCUCGGGGCCUCUCUCUGAUGACUGUGAGAGCUGCUCCACUUUGGCUCCGAAGCUGUAUGAAGGCACAUGUGCAGAGGAGUGCCCCGCUGGCACCUACUACCAGACUGCCAGCAUGGAAUGCCAGGAAUGCCACCAGACAUGUGCACUGUGUACAGGUCCAGAGCCCACCCAGUGCACUCAGUGUGUGAAAGGUCUAGCCCUCGACCCCAACACCAUGAUGUGUGGUGUGACCGGAGACUCAGACUGCCCACCCAGAACCUUCCUCCACACCAACCAGUUCACAUGCCAGGCAUGCCAUCAUCACUGCCAGUCCUGUGAGGGACCUGAGCCUACAGAUUGCCAGACAUGUGCCCUGCCCCGAUAUCUCCAUAAUAGCUCGUGUCUGACUGAGUGUACACUAGGCACAUACAGCGCUCAUGAGGAAGCUGAUGGCAUUGAGCUGGGGUUCUGUAUGCCUUGUGAUCAUGUAUGUGCCACAUGCACUGGAGCAUCUCCUAAAGACUGUCUGAGCUGCUCUCCUGGUUACUUCCACCUGCUCUCACACUUGUGUGUGCGCCAUUGUCCUACAGGGUACUACAGUACAGGUCUGCGCUGUGAGAAGUGUCAUGUAUCCUGUGAGAUGUGCUCAGGCCCGGGACUGGAUGCCUGUCUGGUCUGUGUCCCACCUCUGCUGGAGCUUCAGGGCACCAAAGUGUGUGUGGAGCACUGUCCUCAACGUUUCUACCAAAGCACACACACCUGCACGCAGUGUCACACUAGCUGCAAGAGCUGCUCAGAUAACACACCUCAGAGCUGUCUGACGUGCGACUGGGGCAGUAUUUUACAGGAAGGGGUGUGUUAUCCUCGCUGUGAAGAAGGACACUACUAUUCUCAAAAUGAGGUGUGUGAGGCCUGUGAUGAAUCCUGUAAGCACUGCUCUGGACUCGGACCUGAGAGCUGUGUGACGUGCCGCUCGGGUUUUGGACUACAUGCUGUGAGCCGGCGCUGUGUGGUUUGCUGCCAGCCUGAAGAACCUGCGAAGAACUGCUGCCUCUGUCACUCAGCUUCAGCUUUGUGUUUGGAGGCUUCAGCACCUAACCAGGCUGAGGAUGAGGAGAUGAAUCUGAGGUCCCGGGUAUACCAGCACACAUCUGCCGCCCUGCCUGCUGCUCUGAUUUUGGCUGUGGUCCUCACGCUCGUCAUCUUCGCAUUGGUGCAGGCCCGUGCCAGGAAGAGGCUGUGCUGGAAGCAAAGUUACGAGAGGCUGAGCGGGACAGCGGGUACCAGGCCCGAUCCACGCCCCAUGCCCCACGGAGUGCCCGAGCCAGAGGACAGUGGAGAUGAUGCAGACGUCGUGUACACGAGUCGAGACGGAUCCGUCUAUCGCCGUUACGGAUUCGUGCACAAACCCGAGCCUGAGGAAGAGGAGGUGGAUGAAGCCAACGAGAACACGCUCCUCAACCGAGCAUGAAGAGGCCGACCCUUGAGUUUGUAAUGCAGAGUUCUGAAUUUUAUAUUUUAAUUGUUUACUUUUUUUUCAAGGAAAUGAAGGUUAGCACGCAGCAUACAUGUUUUCUCAUUGUAAAAUAUUUUCUCUGUAAGUAAACACAUAUAAUGCACCUGUUUUGUAUCUGAGAAUGAAUGGUUAGUUCAUCUUUUUUAUAGUGCAGUAAAAUUGGAUUGUGUAAAUAAGGAACUGUCAGUUGAAAAGCUAAAACUCACCUGUGAUUUCCAACAAAAUCUAAAGGAAAUAUUUUGUGUAACUCUUUGUGACUGUAGGUCCAUGCUCUAACGUCUCUCUUGGACGAAAAUAUGCAAGUUUAUCAUGUGGCAUGUUCCAUUUUGUAAAUAUAGCUGUAUUUCCUGUUGUAACGAAUCAUUUGUAAUGUUCUAUUUGUAUAAAUAAAACG